AUGGCAAACCCAAACACCACAGCAGACCCAACAGACCCUGCAGACUCAAAAAUUGACCAUGCUGCCUCCUUGAAAUACUGGAACAGUGUCCCAGCCACCCCGGGUAGCAUGCUGGGCGAGUUCCCAUCAGUAUCGCGGAUCGACCUGCAAGGGUCUAAAAGCUUCCUAGCCAAGGUCCGCCGGCUAAUUCCUGGAGUUCCAUCCACAGGCAAAUUCAAACAAGGCGUGGACGGCGGCGCAGGCGUGGGUCGUGUCACAGAAGGUUUUCUAAGCCAUGUCUGCGAAGUGGUAGACGCGGUAGAACCCGUAGCCAAAUUCACCCAAGUCAUGCAAGAAAGCCAAUUGAAGAGAGACGGCAUCAUUGGAACCAUUUACACGCGUGGCCUGGAAAACUGGGUCCCAGAGAAGAAAUACGACUUGAUCUGGGUGCAGUGGUGUGUAGGCCAUCUCACGGAUUCGCAGCUCGUGGAUUAUACCAAGCGGUGCCGUAAUGCCCUCACUGAUGAUGGGCUCAUGGUCGUCAAGGAAAAUCUGUCGACUCAUGUCUCCGGUCAGGAUAUGUAUGAUCCGGAGGAUAGCAGUGUCACAAGGACGGAUGCGAAAUUCAGACAGCUUUUCGAUGCCGCGGGGAUGGAGGUCAUCAAGGCUGAACUGCAGAAGGGGUUCCCGAAAAGCUUCAACCUUUUACCUGUGCAAUCGUAUGCUUUACGCCCCAAGUCAACAAAUUAG